GCUGACUGAGGAAAAUCCAAAUUAUUUAUUUUUAUUUGAUUUCUAUAAUAAUUAUAGAUUGAAAAUAAAAUUUUGUAAAAGUUGGAUAUUUUAAUAACAAAUAUUCUUAAAAGAAAAGAGUGAACUUUCUGAUAUAUUUAAAAACAGCAAAAUUACUUCUAAGUAUCUCUUUUUCAUGACAUCAGAAAAUAAAUUCCGAUAAAUAAUCAUUUUAACUAUUAUUUUUAUUAACAUAAACAAUUUUGCAAAACAAACGGAAUGAUUGCUUUCUCAGCCUUACAGCCCCCAAACCUCCGGCCGCCGUCGCCACAAGCACGCUCUUCUCGUCAAGAACCUGGUAAGCUCAGUCGUACUAGCCUCCAUGCCUUAUCCGACCCAGACUCCCAACAGCCUCAACCUAGGAAGCCGAAAGGCAGCUCUCAGCUCAAUCGUUGGUCCAUGGCUCGAGCAAUCCGGUCUGGCCGUAAAUUAGACAGACCUGGUCAGCGAACCCAGCUGGCGGAGCUUAAGCCUCCUCCACAACAGCGUAGAGAAAUGCAAUUGAAGGAGUUUAGUGCUAUAGCAGCAGGCAACGGAGAUGAUGAUGAAGCCGUUGAAAUCAACACUGGGAAGUCUAUUUAUAUGGUUUCUGACGGAACUGGAUGGACGGUGGAGCAUUCCGUUAACGCAGCGUUAGGUCAAUUCGAGCACUGCUUGGUCGAUCGUGGUUGUCCCGUAAAUACCCACCUCUUUUCCGGGAUUGAUGAUGCAGAAACAUUAAUGGAGAUUAUAAAGCAAGCAGCUAAAGAAGGUGCCAUGUUAGUCUUCACUUUAGCUGACCCUUCCAUUGCAGAAUCAGCUAAACAAGCUUGCAAAUUAUGGGGAAUACCAUCUACUGACAUAUUAGGACCAAUAACUGAGGCAGUUGCUUCUCAUCUAGGUGUUUCGCCUUCUGGUCUUCCCCGUGGUGCUCCUGGGAGGAACUUUCCCCUUUCUGAUGAGUACUUUCGACGAAUUGAAGCCAUUGAAUUCACCAUCAAGCAAGAUGAUGGUGCCUUGCCACAGAACUUGUACAAGGCUGAUAUCAUUCUUGCUGGUGUUUCUCGUACUGGAAAGACACCAUUGUCUAUUUAUCUUGCACAAAAGGGAUAUAAAGUGGCAAAUGUGCCUAUUGUGAUGGGUGUAGAAUUGCCGAAGAGCUUGUUUGAGGUUGAUCCUGAGAAGGUUUUUGGUCUGACCAUCAAUCCUAUGGUUUUACAGACAAUUCGAAAAGCAAGAGCUAAAAGUCUUGGAUUUAGCAUAGAAGUGAGGAGUAAUUAUUCGGAGAUGGAUUAUGUAAGAGAGGAGUUGGGAUUUGCUUCCAGGGUGUUUGCACAGAAUCCGGUUUGGCCAGUAAUUGAAGUGACAGGAAAAGCAAUUGAAGAAACUGCAGCAGUGAUAUUAAGGCUUUACCAUGAUAGGAAGAACAGAUGUUCAAUGCCUCGAAUCUCUAAACUUUACUAGCAUGGGAAGUCUUAUUCUCAAGUGUGCAUGGAUGAGUUGCUGAAUCAGUACAAGAAGCAGCUGUUCUUGGAUCAUUCUUGGAUUGUUAAUGAAAAGAAAAUAUAGUGAGAUACAGCAGAGGUUACACCCUCAUUUGUUUUGCAUGUUUACUGUAAAUAUCAUGUUUCUGCAGCUUAUUAUAGAAAACUGUAACAUAACAAUUAAUCAUUACAGGGCUUUCUUUUGUAUAUUCACAAGAAUUGUUUAUGACGUGCUUCCUGAGAAAUAUACGUCGGUGAAUGCUUGUAUGUUUUCCA